AUGUUCGCUCUCUACCUCGACAUCCAGAAACAAAUAGACAUCGACGCACUUGACGAGACCGAAGUCAAAGGACGGUGGAAGAGUUUCGUUUCAAGAUGGAACCGCGGAGACCUCGCUGAAGGAUGGUACGAUCCGAAGACUCUCGAGAAAUCCCAAGCUGAAGCCGCGUCCUCCUCCUCAGCCGUAGCCGAUCGAUACGCUGAGCGCCGCACCAACGACGAACAGCGCCAUCAUGACGAUGACGAAGACGACGACGAGGACGACGAAGAGGACGAAGACGGCUACGGCCCUACAUUGCCAGAGUCAGCGAAGACGUCCCAGGGACAAGGGCGCAUGCUGAAAGGUGGCCGCCACGGCGCUACAAUCCCCUCGUUACAAGACCUCCGUUCCCGCGACGAACAAGCGAGAGAAGAUGCAGUCGCAGCGCGAGCCCAGCAGAGACAAGACCUAAACUACUCGCGCGCCCUCGAUCGGAAACUCCAACGCGACCGUCUCGACGAAAUAGCGCCGCGUGCCGAGCCGGGCACGAGAGAACGCCAGCUCGAGAAGAAGCGCGAAAAGGCCGAUUCAAACCGUGCCUUUGCCUCGGCCAAGGGCGGAGGCGGCGAUAUGGAGGAGGUGCGCGACGCAGAUAUGAUGGGCGAGGAGGACAGUCUGGCUGAGAUGAAGAGGAUGCAGAAGGAAAAUGAGCGCAAGAAGAACGAGAGAGAACUACGCAAGGAAGAAAUUCUCCGUGCCCGUAGAGCCGAACGAGAGGCCCGCGUCGCGGGGUUGAAGGAGAAAGAGGAGAAGACAAUGAGUAUGCUCAAAGAGAUUGUGCGGCAGAGGUUCGGCGGUAGCACAGAAGAGUAG